GUCUCCUUCCUCUCUCUCUCUCUCACCCACACGAGUUAUUUUCUAUUUCGCGGUUAUUGAAAUCUCGCGUGCGCGGCGAAAGAAAGGCUUAAGAACCUUAGAGACGCCUGAGUGUGUGUAUGUUAGUGGAAAACAGAAUAAACAUAGCUCUGGGUGAAGAAAAUGGAUAGACGGAGAACGAGGAGUAGUGGAUCUGGUUUGGACCAGACGAAUCCAGAAGUUCCUGUUCAAAGCAAUGCCUCUGCACCUCUACAAACACCAGAGGGAAAGGGUAUAUCCAGUGGGGCUUCUAGUGAAGAACAUAAGUCAACUCCUGUAACCGGAAAGAAGAGCUCAGGUUCCCAUCGUGAGCUUGUCCUUGGUCUUCCUUGCCGUGGACAAUUUGAAUUCCACCGGAGUUCUAAGAAGCCUGGAGUAGGUGGUGAAAGGAAUGUGGUGGCUUCAAGUCACAAGAGAGCUAAGAGAUCUAAAGAAGCUGCUGGAUCAUCUUCCGUUGAUGUUAAUGCCACGCCUGUAGAUGGAUCAAAGCAAAGGAAGACGUAUACGAAGAAAGUUGAAGUUAGAGAAGAUGAUGAGUACACAAGAAUCAAAAAGAAGCUUAGGUACUUUCUGAACCGGAUUCGAUACGAGCAAAGCCUAAUUGACGCUUAUUCUUUAGAAGGCUGGAAAGGUUCAAGUGCGGAAAAACUAAGGCCAGAGAAAGAGCUUGAACGAGCUAGGAAGGAAAUUCUACGACGCAAGGUUAAAAUUAGAGAGCUUUUUCAACACGUGGACACACUCUGCGCAGAAGGAAGCAUUCCAGAGUCUUUAUUUGAUUCUGGUGGAGAGAUCUCUAGUGAGGAUAUCUUCUGUGCAAAAUGUGGCUCAAAAGACGUGCAUGUUGACAAUGAUAUCAUACUAUGUGAUGGGUUUUGUGACCGAGGCUUUCACCAAUACUGUGUUGCACCACCUUUGCGAAAAGAAGAUAUUCCUCCGGAUGAUGAGAGUUGGUUAUGCCCGGGAUGUGAUUGCAAAGAUUACAGCUUUGACCUGCUUAAUGAUUCUUUAGGGACAAAACUUUCAGUCAGCGACAGCUGGGAGAAAGUAUUUCCUGAGGCAGCUGAGGCGAUGGCUGGUGGAGAUCAAACUCUGGAUUGUGAUCUUCCUUCAGAUGAUUCUGAGGAUGAAGAGUAUGAUCCGGAUGGUUUGAAUGAUAAUGCAGAUGAUGAAGAUGGCAGUGAUGACAGUGAUGAGUCUGAGAACGAAGAUGGGAGUGGUGGUGAAUCUGAUUGCACAUCUGCAUCUGAUGAAAUGAUUGAAUCGCUUAAAGAAGCGAAAGAUAUAAUGGACCUUCCAUCUGAUGAUUCUGAGGAUGAUGAUUAUGAUCCUGAUGCUCCGAUUCGUGAUGAAGAUAAAAUGCAAGAAAGUUCAAAUUCAGAUAAUACAUCAGACUCUGGGGAUCUUGAGACUUUCUUAAAACGCGACGAGUCUAAUCAGCAAGACGAAGGGAAACCCGGCAGAAAGAAAUCUCAGCUCCCAGAUGUUCCCAUUUCAGAGUCAGAUACUGGGAUUGAUGAUGAUGAUGAUGAUGAUGAUGGUCUUGUAGAUGUUCCGGGGAGGAGGAAGGUUGAAAGGCUGGACUACAAAAAGCUCUAUGAUGAUGAAUAUGAGAACGUUCCAACGUCUUCAAGUGAUGAUGAGGAUUGGGAUAAAACUGCGAGAAAAGAAGACUUCGAGUCUGGAGAAGAAGGGGACACUGUGCCUCUGAAACAGCACUCAGAAGCAGAAGACCAUACUUCUACUAAGAAACCUAGACAGACACCGAAAAGAGAAAGCAGCAAGAAGGACACGUUGAAAGCGCCACAAGAAGUACCUAGAGAAAAUGGUUUCUCUGGCGAGAAAAGCAGCUCUGCAGUAUUUAAACACACAAACUCCAGAACCCAGAGACUAUUCCAAUCUUUUCAAGAGAAUCGAUAUCCAGACAUUAAUACAAGGGAGAACUUAGCCAAAGAAUUGCAGAUGACAGUUAAACAAGUUAGUAGCUGGUUUAAUAAUACGCGUUUUUCGACAAACAAAAGGAUUGCUUCAAAGGAAGAUGUUGAAAAGUUAAGAACAGGUGAAGGGGAGACAUCUGUUGCUGGAAGUAGCGAACAAACCAUGGAAACCAAGUCCGUCGUAGAGAAUAAGAUUGGAGCAUCGGAUUUAACCAAUACUGGAUCAAGAAAAAGGAGAAGGUAGAUUUUGAUUCAAUUAUGGAGGUUGUAGAUCAAUAGUGAAGACAUGAAUGAAUAUAGUUGAACACAAGCUAAAAACAUAAGCAAAGAUACGAAGAGAUCAAAACCUCACCAGUCAUCAGGUUGGUUAUGCUGGUUUGUUACACAUUUUUGGGAUGCGCUUAUGUAUCUAAAGACUGAGAAUCAGUGAUGCUAAAGUGAAAAGCUGUGGCAAAAUAAUUGAAUAUUUCUUCUAAAAUUUGGAUUA